AUGUCAGCAAUUUACAAAGCAUUACAAUCCAAGUCAUCAAAAGACACCCUGGACAAAACCAAGCACAUAAACAGACAGCGUUUACUAGUCAUAUCCUCGCGUGGAAUCACCUAUAGACAUCGUCACCUAAUUUCCGAUUUACUCAAUUUAUUACCACAUGCAAGAAAAGAACCUAAAUUCGACACCAAAAAGCAACUUUAUCAAUUGAAUGAAGUUGCUGAAUUAUACAAUUGUAACAAUAUUUUCUUUUUCGAAUGUAGGAAACAUCAAGAUUUAUAUCUUUGGAUUGCUAAACCACCCAAUGGUCCCACUGUUAAAUUCCAUGUGCAAAAUUUACAUACGUUGGAUGAAUUAAAUUUCAUUGGUAAUUGCUUAAAGGGUUCAAGGCCAGUGUUGUCAUUCGAUAAGUCGUUUGAAGUUGCUGAUCAUUUCAAGUUGUUGAAGGAGAUGUUUAUCCAAACAUUUGGUGUGCCGCCCAAUGCCAGAAAACUGAAACCAUUUAUUGAUCACGUAAUGACAUUUGCUGUAGUUGAUGGCAAGAUUUGGAUUAGAAAUUAUCAAAUUAAUGAAACGUUGGAGACAAAGGAGAAUGAAGUUGGUGACGAAGUUGAUGUUGAUUCGUUGAAUUUGGUUGAAAUUGGACCGAGGUUGGUUUUGACCUUGAUAACUAUUUUGGAAGGCUCCUUUGGUGGUCCCAAGAUUUAUGAAAAUAAGGAAUAUGUCUCGCCUAACUUCGUUAGAGCGCAAAUCAAACAACAAUCGGCCCAACAAGCUAGAAGUAGAGCUGAGGCGGCUUUGGAAAGAAAGAUUAAAAAGAGAAGUCAAGUGUUGCAAAAGGAUCCGUUGUCGAACGAUGCAUUGUUUAAGGAAUAG